GCCUGGACUUAGUAUCUAACCAUUACUUCCUCAGGCAGGAGGUUCGAAGUUUAAAAUCGAAUAAUCGAUUACAAAUCGAUAUAUCGAUACAAUGAAUUUGCAACUAUUCUUUGUGACAAUAGUGUUGUCUUCAGCUAGUGCGUAUUUCAAGACGAAACCAAGCUUCAUAAAGACAUGUCUAAAAAGCGAUCCAGAAUUUGAUGACUGUUCACGUGAUGCGGUUCAAAGUUUAUUCAACGCCUUGGGUCCAGGAUUGCCAGAAAUCGGUCUUCCUCCAUUGGACCCGUUGAAAAUUCCGAAAAUAAGAAUACUGCAAGGCGAAGGACCCGUCAACGUGAAUGCAGCGUUGGAUGACGUCACCGUCACCGGUUUCGGAAAAACGGAUGUACUGCUCAGCCAGGUUGACAGCAAAUCGUACGAUUUUUACACAAGAGUGCGAGUCCCUAAAAUAAGGAUUGAAGGAACUUACGAUUUGAAAGGCAAAAUAUUAUUGAUACCCUUGGUUGGUAGAGGACUUUGUUGGUUUGAACCGACUAACAUGACAAUCGAUAUUAUUAGUGAUGUUAAACCAUAUGAAAAAGAUGAUUUUAUUUUCUUUAAUAUUACUGGUGCCCAUGUAAAGUACUCUAUUGGAGGAUUGACGUUGAGAAUGAAUAAUUUAUUUGACGGUAUUGACGCUCUGGAGGACAGCACUAACGCGUACUUAAAUGCAAAUUGGCGGCCAGUAUCAGAAUCCUUGCGGCCAAUAUUAUCGAAGACUAUAGAAGACAUCCUCCUUGGCUUCAUGCAACAUUUAUUUAAUCAUUUACCAGGGAAUUUCAUGAUUGGCGACAUAAAAUAUCACCCAAGCAAAAAGAAUGAGAAGAAAACGUAAUUAUUAUAUUGUUUUAUUUGUAUGUAAGUAAUUUAAUUUUGAAAUAAAAUGUGUUAUUUUUUUACAAAUGAAACAUCAAAUUGAAUUCUGUUUAAAUACUCAAAUUAUACUAAUACAUACCUACCUAUA